GCCGGUCCGGGUUGGAUUAGGUUGGAUCCGGGUUAAUCAUCACUACUUACAAUACAAGUUUACACAUCUACUAUAGUUUCGACUUUCGAUCCUGCAAAUCUGAGCGAGAAGAAGCCAUGACAAUGAUCAGAGCUAUCGCGAUGGCGAUGUUACUCGCCACACUAGUUUCAUCCAUCUCUAUGGUUUCAUCCGCUUCAUCCCCAGAAGCCGAGUUUGUUAAGAAGACCAUCUCUUCCCACAAGAUCGUCAUCUUCUCCAAAUCCUACUGCCCGUAUUGCAAGAGAGCAAAAUCUGUGUUCAGAGAGCUUGAUCAGGUUCCUUAUGUUGUGGAGCUUGACGAAAGAGAAGAUGGUUUCAGCGUCCAGAGUGCACUUGGAGAGAUUGUUGGAAGACGAACAGUACCUCAGGUGUUCGUUAAUGGAAAGCACAUCGGAGGAUCAGACGAUACCGUAGAAGCGCAUGAGAGCGGGGAACUGGCCAAGCUUCUUGGUGUUUCCGGAACCGCUAAAGCUGAACUAUAGGUUGAAAGAAUUGAGAACACUAUCGCCUUUGAUGUUGAGGGUGUAAUCAUUUCAAUUUUCAGCUGUAAGCAAAUUUGUAAUGUGUUAGGCUGAUUAUAAACAGCUUUGAUCAUGGCCUUGUCAAACAUAUCUUAUCAGAGACUACGAACAUUGAGUUAUACAAAGUUCGAUCUUGCUCGUUUGUUGCUGCAAGAAGGGCACUUGUAAUGCUUGAUGUGCUCAGCUCUAGCUGGAGUUAUCUUCACACACUUCC